UAGUGCAGUUGAUUUGGCUGACAUGAACUUCAUUGAGGGUUUUGACAAGGUCCCACAUGGAAGACUGGUCCACAAGAGCCCAUGGGAUCCAAGUGCCCAACAGGAUUCAUUCAAAACUGACUUGUAAGUAGCAGGUGAAGAGUGAUGGUGGAAAGGUGUUUUUAUGAUUGGAAGCUUGUGACCAGCAGUGUACCACAGGGGAUCAGUGCUGAGACCCUUACUGUUUAUGUACAUUAAAAACUUGGAUGUGAAUGUAGAAGGUUUAUAAUUAGUAAGUUUGCUCAUGGCUUACAAAUUAUUGGUGUUGAUAGGGAGGAGGAUGGCCUCAGGCUACAGUCUGAUAUUGAUCAGGUGGUAAAUUGGGCUUAGCAUUGGCAGAUGGAAUUUAGGUAUGAGGAUUUGCAUUUUGGAAUGCCUAAUAAGGGAAGGUUGUAAGUUCAUAGAUCCCUGAAGGUGUCAGCACAGGUAGACAGGGUGGUGAAGAUUUGCAAAAUGCUUGCCUUCAUUAGCUGGGGCGUAGAAUAUAGUUGUAAGAAGUCUUGUGUGAUUUCUGACUUUAUAAAAGUUGUAAUGACACCGGGUUAUAGUCCAACAGGUCACAGAUGGAAUACUGUGUGCAGUUCUGGUUGCUGAAUAUCAGAAAGCUGAGAUGUGUUGGAGAGGGUGCAGAGGGUAUUGACCAGGAUGUUGCUUGGGAUGAAAAGUCUGUUAUGAAGUGAGACUGGAUAGGCAGAGUCUUCUUUAUUGCUUGGAGCAAAGGAGGCUGAGGGAGGUGUGAUUGAGGUAUACAAAAUUGAGAGACGUAAAGAACACAUAUGGAAUGCUGUCCUUCAUUGGGAGAGAUAUAGAAUAUAUGAAAAUAGAGAUACAAUGAUGAAACUGUAGAAUCCCUACUUUGCAGACAGAAGUCAUUUUGUCCAGUGAGUCUACACAACCCUCUGCAGGCACCCCACCUAAGCCUGCACACCACAGAACAAUUUAGCAUAGCCAGUCUGCCUUUUGGACUGUGGGAGGAAGCUGGAGCACCUAGAGGAAACCCAAGCAAACUCUACACAGACAGUUGCCCAAGGCUGGAUUUGAUCCUGGUCUCUGGUGCCGAGAGUACUAACCAUUAUGCCAUCUAAAAAGACCUGACUCUCUUCUAUUUGCAGUUCUUAACCAGAGAAUUCCACUUUAAGGCCAAUUUCAAAGAUGGCAACUGAUUCUAAGGGGAAGAGGAGGGGGUCGAGACAACCGAAAUGUGCUUUCUGUAAACUCAAUAAAGAGGAGCAUUGCGGCCAGUUGUUAGUAGCCCAAAGCCAGAAGAUGGCAGCACAUCACAAAUGUAUGCUAUUUUCAUCUGCUCUGGUGACAUCGCAUUCUGAGAAUGAGACUCUUGGUGGCUUCUUGCUUGAAGAUAUCAAGAAGGAAAUAAAAAGGGGAAACAAGUUGAGCUGCUCUUGCUGUCACCGUCCAGGAGCAACUAUUGGAUGUGAUGUGAAAACUUGUCGGAGAACAUAUCAUUUUUAUUGUGCAAAGCUUGACAAAGCCCAGAUCAAGGAAGAUGCAUCACAGGGCAUAUAUCUGAUCCUCUGUCAGAAGCACAAAGAAGGUGCUGAGGAUUCCAGUGAAGAUGGAUUUCAAGGAAACCUGAGUGAGUGUUCCACAGGCCCUCGCAAAGGUGCUCAGAGAGCACACAGAGAGAAACGGAGAGCUCCAAACUCAAAAGAUGAGUCGGAUGAUGCUCUGUCCACAUCCUCUCAAGGGAAAGAUGAAACUAGUUGCAGUUCCUACAGGGAACGGUCUCCUCACUGCAGUAGUCCCACAAUUACUGGUCCGAAAUGUGGGUUUUGUCAUGCUGGAGAUGAAGAAAAUGAAACCAGAGGAAAACUCCACACGUCAAAUGCUAAAAAGGUUGCCGCACAUUACAAAUGCAUGCUGUUUUCCUCUGGUACUGUCCAACUCACAAAUUCAUCUAGAAAAGAUUUUGGUGAUUUUGAUAUUAAAACAGUCAUUCAAGAAAUCAAGAGAGGAAAAAGAAUGAAAUGUACAUUAUGCAGUCAAAUAGGCGCAACAAUUGGGUGUGAAAUAAAGGCUUGCAUCAAGACUUACCAUUACCACUGUGCUGUUGAAGAUCGAGCCAAAUUCAUUGAGAAUCUUGACCGAGGGAUCUACAGGCUGUACUGUAAAAACCACAGUGGGAAUGAUGACCGGGAUGAGGAGGAUGAAGAAAGAGAAAGCAUCUCACGCUAUGGCAAAGAGCAAGAAGCUGACCGUAAUCGUGAGGUCUUAGAAGAGGUAUAGAAAAAUGCAUUCAAAUUCCUUCUGAUUUAAUGGAUGCCUGAAUCUCUAGAGAAAAACUAACUGAGCCUUGGAUACAGAAAAGUGCCAAGAAAAUGCCUGUGGACUGAGUAGAUGAGGCUGGUACAUUGUGCUCAAGAUGAUAAAGGACUUGUGAGAAGCAUAGAAAAUAUCCAAAGAUCUUUCAAGAAAUCUCUAUUCUGUCAAUGUUCCUCCUCCUAAGGAAGAGAAACAGUGUAAUGAAAUGGCACGGCUAAUAUACCUGCUUUUUUUGAUGGGGAGAUGCCAUAAAAUGGAUUAGUUAGAAUAUCUUUUAUUACAGCCUUCUGAAUUAAAAUGGAAAUAAUUUUGAUUUGCUGAAUUUGUGAUUAGAUGGCACAAGCUGACCUGCUACACCUUUGCAUAACGAGGGCCUUGAGAAGGAGCAACACCUUAAUCCACUCGAGCACGUGCCUUCGGGUGUUUCUGGACUUCAACAUCAAACAAGAGGAGCUCAAAAAUAAACGCUGAAAUUAAAACCUCCACUCCAAUAUCUAACAUAAGGUAGUUUCACUACAUCUUGAUUAGCAAACAGUGAGGUAGUCCUAAACAAUAUGUACUGAUGGUUUCAACCCAGUUUUCAGUAGAUGAAUCUACAUAAUGGUGUAGUCCUGUUCUCAGUCCUGAUGGUGUAUUAUGCUCAUAUUGGCCAGACAUCUGCCUGGGAAUGAUUUGUACCCCAAUUUGCACUGCUCAAUCUGAGAACACCUGAUAAAAGCCUAGGAUGCAAUGAGAUACAUCAGUUCACAGUUGGUGGUGUCCCUCUUUGAAGAGCAUACGACUGGCAUUUUUUAAAAUUCAAAGCAUAACAAAACUUUUUCAGAAAUGUAGGACUGAUACUGAACUCUGUGCAAAUGCUAAUCCCUAACUUGGCCAGCUAAUCACGGCCUCGUCAAACAUACUGGUAUAAAUGGCAUUAUUAAUGAAAUCAUGGUUUAGCUUCGAUGUUGAAGUCUGUGUUAAAUGUUAUAAUGGAAAUGAGUGGUUUUGACUAUUGCUAGGUUCACAUCACAGAAUACAUUAUUUCCAUCUUAAUUUUCUUCCUGUGAUUGUAGUUUCCCUUAUCAAAGUUAGGGCUUCAGAAUAAAAGUUUUUAGGAUUAGAUUGUUACUGAUUAGUAAACAUUGUUGUUUAUAGUCUGGUACCUUUUUUAAAUAUGUCACCUCUCAAAGUAUAAAGUAGCUGCCAGGAAGAAAUAUUAAAUUUAGGUGUGAGAGAGAUGUCAUUGUGUCAGCAGUGGAUAUGCUGUCGUCUUGCUUUAAAUCAGUUUUUUCUUUUGGAUCUGGAUGGCUAAACAUUUUAGAAGUGAGUAUCUUCUGUUAAUUUGAUGCCAAAAUGGAUCUGAUUGUUGAAUGCCCUUCAUUUUUUAUGUGCUCAACAGCUUGUCAAGUUGUAUCAGAGAUAAUGGGAACUGCAGAUGCUGGAGAAUCCAAGAUAAUAAAGUGUGAAGCUGGAUGAACACAGCAGG